AUGACUCCUUCAUACACAACCACCUCCACCAUCACAGAGCCUCCCUCUGGAGUCAUGCAGAAAGGAAAAGAAAAAUUAAAGACUCUGCCCCUCUACCUGGAAGAAGACAUCCGUCCUGAAAUGAAAGAAGACAUUUACGACCCCAGCUACCAGGAUGAGGAGGGGCCCCCGCCCAAGCUGGAGUACGUCUGGAGGAACAUCAUCCUCAUGGCCCUGCUGCACGUGGGAGCCCUGUAUGGGAUCACACUGGUCCCCUCCUGCAAGGUCUACACCUGGCUCUGGGCAUUCAUCUACUAUGUGAUCAGUAUUGAGGGCAUUGGAGCUGGAGUUCAUCGCUUGUGGAGCCACAGGACUUACAAGGCUCGCCUGCCCCUGAGAGUCUUCCUCAUCAUUGCCAACACCAUGGCUUUCCAGAACGAUGUGUACGAAUGGGCCCGAGAUCACCGCGCCCACCACAAGUUCACAGAAACACAUGCCGACCCUCACAAUUCCCGCCGUGGCUUUUUCUUCUCUCACGUGGGUUGGCUGCUUGUGCGCAAACACCCGGCCGUCAAAGAGAAGGGCGGAAAGCUGGACAUGUCUGACCUAAAAGCUGAGAGGCUGGUGAUGUUCCAGAGGAGGUACUACAAGCCCGGCAUCCUGCUCUUGUGCUUCAUCCUGCCCACGCUGGUGCCCUGGUACUGCUGGGGUGAAACGUUUCUACACAGUUUUUAUGUUGCCACCUUACUGAGAUAUGCCGUAGUGCUCAACGUCACCUGGCUGGUGAACAGUGCCGCCCACCUCUAUGGAUAUCGCCCCUAUGACAAGACCAUUGAUCCCCGGGAGAAUCCCCUGGUUUCCUUGGGGAGUCUGGGCGAGGGCUUCCACAACUACCAUCACGCCUUCCCCUACGACUACUCUGCCAGUGAGUACCGCUGGCACAUCAACUUCACCACGUUCUUCAUCGACUGCAUGGCUCUCCUGGGCCUGGCUUACGACCGGAAGAGGGUGUCCAAGGCCACUGUCUUAGCCAGGAUUAAGAGAACUGGAGAUGGGAGCCACAAGAGUGGCUGAGUUUGAAAUCAUUCUCUUCUGAAAGCCAGCUGGAUGGGGGUUUGACAAUGUUUAAAUACUGAAAAGAAGCAGCCAUGUUGUACAAAGUUCCAUUUCAAGACAGUAUCCUUGUAUAUUCAAUCUUAAAAGGCAGAAACUUUCUCUUAUGAUCCUAAGCAGUUCUUCUGUUCUUAGUCUUGUAUUCCAGGGAUCGUUUGGUUGCCUAAUCCUUCUUAUUACCUUACUGCUUUUCUAGGAGAGCUGAGCAAUAGGACGGAACAGAACUUUGAAAAACACAGCAAAAGUUUUAAAUUAAAGGACCUGACCAAUAGCACUCUUUCCUUGGUCUCUCUUGGGUCUCAAGGUAGCUGUCCAGCUAAAGCUCUGACCAGGGCUUCCUGGGUGUUCUCUGUUAACUCCCAUCAGGCCACAGA